AAAAAAAUAAGAAAAGAAAAAGGAGGUUUUUGAUAAAGCAAAAGAAUAUUAUUGAUACAUAAAAUUUGGACUUUCUUUGCAUUUGGCACCCACCCCACAACGAAAUAAAACAAAACAAGCACACAACCAGAGACACACGCAGAGAGAGAGAGAGAGAGAGAGAGAGGAGAGAGAAGGAAGAAGAGGAGGAGGAAGAAGAAGAAGAAAAAAGAGAUCUUGUGAGAUCAGGCCACAACUCGUCAUGGGGAGAGAAGUUACAGGAAUGCAAGUUGUGGACAAGAAGGCAAAUGGUGUAAUACCAACUUCAAAUGGUAGUUCUAAUGAUAAAGUAUGCAUUUCUCCAAUGAUGUCAGCAGGUAAGGUUCAGGCAAAGGAUCAUGAGGUAAAGGAAUGUACCAAAGCCAAUUCUUUUGUGGAGAAAAGCCAUGGGAAGAAGGAUGUUUUGAGUGGCACAACAACAGACUGUAAUACUGACUUGCCUGAGGAGAUUGAGAAUUCUGAAGUGGAGAAAAUGGAUGAAAGUAAAAUGUUAAGCUCACCUGCUGCAAGAAAAGAGCAUAGUGGUCACUUUGUUACACAUCCAUCUGAUCUGGUUACUGAAAAGCAUGGAUCCCACACACAGAUUGUUGAUACUGAAGUUGUUGCAACUGGUCUGAACUUGUCACCAAACACUACCAACAUGCACUCACCUAUCUCAUCAAAGAAUUCCCAGCCAAACUCACCCUUUUCAUCAAGUAAGCCUUUGCAACAUGAUAAGAAGAACUAUGAUGAUGAAGAUAAUUGGUCUGUGGCUUCCUCUGCUAUGUCUAUGCGCACAGCCAGAUCUAAGGUAACGCAUGGUUCAGCCCCUACAUUUAGAAGCUCCGAACGUGCAGAGAAACGGAGGGAGUUUUAUCUGAAGUUGGAGGAGAAACAUCGAGCUCUUCGAGAAGAAAAAAACCAGUACGAGGCAAGGCUAAAGGAAGAACAAGAAGCAGCCAUCAAGCAGUUGAGAAAGAAUUUGGUAAUCAAAGCAAAUCCAGUACCAAGUUUCUACUAUGAGGGUCCUCCCCCUAAGACCGAACUAAAGAAGCUGCCACUGACUCGGCCAAAAUCGCCAAAACUGAGUAGGAGAAGGAGCUUGGGCGAUGCGGUGAACUCGUCUCCUGAAGUUUGUAGUCGAGCGCGUCACAGCACUGGAAGUCAUAUAAAGGGUGGUUCUGGUUCUGUUGCGAAUGCCCCUUUCCCUCACAAAAACAACAUUCGACGCAACAGCAAUGGCAAUGGCAAUGGCAAUGGCAAUGGCAAUGGCAAUGUCAAUGUCAAUGUCAAUGUCAAUGCUUGCAAACCCAAAGAACGGACCAAAGUGGAUAAGGAACCAAAAUCGAGUCCUCCUAAGAUCACCGACCACGCAAAUGCAGACAUUUCGGUUCAAUCAUGACCAAAAUACCCUUGUUUUGGUGCCCACUGACUUUUGCGAUUUGCGUUAACUUGCGGUGUAUAUGUUUUGUAACUUAUUAUAUUGCUACACCUUAUCUCUUUCUCUUCUUAUAUAACGAGAGUUAUUCAUGUAAUAUGUGCCUUGCGUACCAAAGUAUGGUGUUUCCCCAGACUAGUCCUUCCAUUUUAAAUAUAAUUGCCUUUCUGCAGGACUAGUA